AGGUAUUUUGGCCUUCUCCGGUACCCGUACAUGUUGCCAUUCGGCGAAUCCUCCACGAUAGCUUAAGUUAGCAAUGUGAUUUGAAUGGUAGUCAAAUUAUUUACCAACUUCUUUUUGUGGUUAUAAUGGCUGACUACUGGAAAUCUCAACCAAAGAAAUUCUGCCAGUAUUGUAAGUGCUGGAUAGCAGAUAACAAGCCGAGUAUAGAGUUCCACGAAAGAGGAAAGAAUCAUAAAGAAAAUGUGGCCGCCAAAAUUGCAGAGAUUAAGAAGAAGAGCAUUGAAAAGGCUAAACAGGAGGACCGCAUGUCCAAGGAGUUUGCGGCUAUGGAGGAAGCUGCUUUAAAGGCGUUUCAGGAGGACCUGAAACGGCUGGAAGCUGAAUCUGGCACAGGUGCUGCUAGGCCUCAGAGUAGGAGAGCAGAAGUGGAGCCACCGGCCGUCAGCAGUAAGCAGCCGCGCGUCUGGAGCGAGGGCGUCACUGAUGAUGGAUAUGCAUACUACUACAACAGCCUGACUGGCGAGUCCCAGUGGGAAAAACCAGUAGGAUUCACUGGGGGAAAGAAGACUUCAAGAAGAACUCAAGUGAAAACUAAGAUUGAGACACAGACGUCUUCAGACUCACCAUGGGUAGAGUCACUGAGUCCAGAGGGAUACACCUACUAUUAUAACACUUUAACUGGCGAAUCCAGCUGGGGGAAGCCUGGGGAUGACCCACCCCAGGACAGUGGCAGCAGUGGUGAAAUCAGUGAGGCACUGGAGGACCUGUCAGCUCCUCAGGCAGAGCCCCUUUCAGGGGAGGAGAGCAGCUCAGAGCAGCCUCCCAGUGGAGUGGAAGCUGAGACCCCCAAAGAGCCAGGCGUCCCCAAAAUAAGCUUCAGGAAAAAGGAAGAGAAAUCUGAGCCGUCUGGAGUCGAGGGAGAAGAGACUGAAGAUGGAAAAGAGGAUGAUGGUGGAGCCAUUCACGAGGAGGAGGAGGAGGAGGAGGAGAAAGAAGAAGAGGAGGAGGAGGAGGAUGGUGGUGAUGGUGAUAAUGGUAAAAAUGAUAAUGGCAGUGCUCCUGUAGUAGAGGUGAUCCCAGCUAAAAGACGACGGAAGACGAACCCGUAUGGUGAAUGGGAGCAGAUCCAGGAGGAGCCUGACCCAUAUGAGCAGGUGGACCUGCAGCUGCCCCAGGUAGAAGGUGUGGGUGCAGCCACAGGCACUGACCUACCCCCUGAGCCUAAGGUCAAGUUCAGGGAGCGCACCAUCACGUCGCUGGGGGAUGAAGGUGACCAGGGGGCAGUCUUUAAGAAGAGAAAGAUGGACAAUGGCAAAUCCAGGAGCCUCAGGCAGAGGGGCAAAGAUGAUUGACAGUGGUCGCUGGAUUUUACCUGUGGACACAUGAAUCCUACUUGCAGAUUGUUGACGGACACUUGCAUCAGGUUGGAAGGUCUGUUUGGAAUUCUGGUGUCAGCAGAUGGCCUGACUGGGACAGAUGCUGAACUUCCAGUGAAGCUCUUGUCAGACUGUUCUAUGUGUGCUUAAUGCUUUUGUUUUUGUACUGUUUUUUCUUAAACAGAUACCAUUGUUAUAGAAUUGCAAGAACUAAAUACAGAGGAUUUUAACCAUUAAUGUUUUAUAUUUUAGAUUAUUUGUUUUAUGUCUGUGUUGCCCUCGCUGCUGCUUUGAAUUAAGCAUCUCAGUUUCCCAUUCUGACAUGCAUAAUGUUUCCUUCUGCAGUGAAAAUAUACGUAGCAAUAUGAUGGUGAGAGGGACAAUAACCCACAGACACGAGCUGCAUUGCAUGAGAGGUACAGAUACUUUGCUGAGAUGCACAAGUCUAUCUGGUGUCAGUUUGUCAAAAAUACUGGCAAAAAAAUAAAUUAUGGUGGUUGCACAAUGGA